AUGGAAUUUUCUGCAGUGGAAGAAGAGGGAGACUACAUGGGCGAAAAACUUCUGGUUUCAACAAGACGCUGUGACAAGUUGGUCGCCCGCCUUGGGUUGUGGGGUCGUGUUCUCCUCCUCUCCCUUCUUCGGGUGAUGGAUAAAAAAAAAGAAAAGGGCAAAACCCGACAACGAGCCUCGAGCAUUGCGCGCGUAGACUGGUUGCCGGGUUUCAUCCUUUUUUUCCCUCAUCCUCACUCUUCUUUUUCUCUCAAGUUCAAAGCCCCUGAGCAUGAUAUUUCAGGCCUCCAGGUUCAGCGCCUCGGGACGUAA